UCAAGCAGGGUAGGCCGGACGUCUGAAAAGGACUACUCUAUACAGUCUGAAUCGAGCUCGUUCGACUCUUCUCUACAGUCUACGCUUCGCGCCAUGGCCUCCCCUUCGACCUCUCCUGCUGCUGCUGGCCUGGAUGCGCGCGAGCACGACCCCUGACCGGCCGCCUCACUCAACUCCGGGACCUUCUCUGCCACCUUCUUCCCCAACGUAGGCACUGAAGCUUGCCGGCCACGAGGAAGGGAGCAUGAUGCCGGAUAGGAGAGGCGCGACCCUGCUAGAGGACCUCCCCGAGGAUAUCAUCGACAAGAUACUCGUCCGGUUGCCGUCCAAGGACGUCGGCCGCUGCCGAGCCGUCAGCACAUCAUGGUGCACUACCACAUCGACGCCCAAAUUCAUGCUCGACCACCACCAGCUCCAGCCCUCGCUCCCCAUUAUUGACGGCCGGGGGCUGCCCACUAAUUUCGUCCUCUUCCACUCCGCCGGCACCAACCAACAGUUGUGGCCUUUCUCCCGGUGCUUGAAACACCACUCCGAGGUUUGUCUUCAUGGCGCCUGCAAUGGCUUCCUCGUCAUCUCCUGGCUGCACCAAUUCUACAUCUGCAAUCCGGUUAUCCACACUCAUGCUCUCCUACCCCAGCCUCAUGUUGAGCACGCCCUCUACAACACCAUAAUUGGUUUCUACCAGCAUCUUCCAACUCAAGAAUACAGGGUGCUCUGGGUCUCGGAACCAUGGCACCCGUAUAAAUCCAGCUUGCACGUUCUCACAGUGGGAUCCAAUGUGAUGAGGCAUAUCAGCGUCAGAAUGGAAACACUUGCACCGCCAUCCAUGGAAAAACAACAGCAGUUACUCAAGGGAUUGCGCUCUAAGUCCUGCUGUCCACCAUCAGUGCAUCACCGUGGCAGCUUGCACUGGUGUCCUUAUGAUGCCACUGAGAUUGGGGGACACAGCUCAGACAUUAUUGUGUUCGACACAGAAGUCGAGUCAUUCCGGUGGAUGCGCAGUCCCACCCAGCUCUGCCAUCAUAGAAAGCUGUUCGACAUGAACGGCACACUUGCUUUCUGGGGCAGCUUGACUCCCAGCUUGACCGCUAUGGAUGUCUGGGCGAUGCAGGAUGACGUCUGGACAUUCAAGUACAAGAUUGACGUGUCAACGCUGGAGGUAACACGACAACUUUAUUCAACCUCUUUUAAAAAGAAAAAGAGAACACCACUUGAUUCAACAGUGCAAUGGCUCGAUGAUAUGGUUGUGUUGAACGACCGUGAGCUGCUGAUCAUGUUUAACAGUAAACAUGUAUUGCGCUGUGACAUUGAUGGCAACUUCUUAGGAAUGGUGAACAUAGGAAAGAGUCAAUAUUGUAUGAUGCUUAAUCACUGCCGCCUCAAAGAGAGCAUUAUUCCAAUUCCAUCCCACUAGAUUGAGAUGCAAAAGGAAGAUGAGAAGUUUUCACUCUCCACAAGGCGUGUCUCAAUGUUCAAGAUUCCUGGUUUGCUUCCCCCUUGGAUUUAGAGCAUGUAUUUUCUUCGUAGCUCUU